AACUGUUCAAUGUGUUGUGUAAGAGUAGGUGUAGGGUUAGAUAGAACUCGGAGGUGUAAAUAAACACCAAUGCGGUUUGAUGACGGCAGUAUAAAGGAAAACAUUUCUAAACAAGCACGUUUACAGUGUUUAUUCACGCAUUAGCCAGUAUUUGAUUUCUGAAUAUUCGAGAAAAGAAAAACAGCAGCAGAAGAAAAGAGGCGUGACUGUCACCGUAAUAGACAGCCGCGAGCGCGUCAAGCUGCCUGUGUUACAGGAGGCAUCCCGGGCUAUGUCCUACCAAAAGUCUGUGGUAAAGAAAAAAACGAAAAAGAUUGUAAAAAGGUAGACUACUUGGGGACUCGUGUGGUUACACACAAUAGAGGAAAUCCCUCAACAGAGAAAUCAUUUCUUUGUUACCUCUCAGCUGUCUGCAGCGGAGAAGAUUAUGUGAUCGAAUAGGUAGCUAACGAUAGCUAGCCUCUGCUUUUCGAAGAAAUGUGUGGUAAAGGCAUGAUGUGCCAAUGGCAAGUUUACACAAACAGACUUGCAAGUAGCGACGCGCAAAAUCUGGAGCUCAAGGAUGACUCAAGGAGAGGGAGCAACAAGCAAAGCUGGCACAAGUGUGGAAGGAAACCAGGUUAUCGUGGGAGGAGGGGUAGAGCACACGGCCACUGCCCCCCUUACAGCAAACAUGAUCGACCAGGUUGUCAGCCUCCAGGGACGGUGUCGCUGCGUCCUGUCAACAUUCAAGGCAACAGAGCACCAGGCAUGAGAGCCCCAAGAAACACAAAUCAAUUCCUAAUGCACGAGAAAUACCAGAUGAUGCAUAUGCGAUCCGAUUCCAUUGGCACAGACAGUGGGUCGGACUGCGAAAUGGACUUUGCGGACAUGGACUCUUAUCUCGGUGUGCUGGAAAACGCCAGAGGCGCUCUAAUGGACAGUCCUGAUCUAUCUCCACCAUCUGCCCGAUUUUGUUCACGACAAUUGGCGAAGCACCAACAGUUUACAUUCUUCAGCUUCAGUGAGCUGCACCAAGAGGAGAGUAUGCAGUAUUUUCCUUCAGAAGACGAUGUCAUGCAAAGUGAGGAUUUCAUGCAAAAAGACUUCAAUGAGUUCUGCAGUGCAAUAGCCACAGUACCCCCUUACGCUGUUGCGUAAGGGACCACCAGCCUGCAGCAAAAUUGUUGUCAAGAGAGGUUGACAAGAAAACAUGGCUGUGUUUUUGUACAGACCAACAGGUAUACUUAAUGUAUUAUAGUAACAUGUCUGAUAAUCUGCUUUUGACAAAUGUUACACGUGAUUAAUUUUUCUGUAUGCUAUUUUGCAACGGAGAACGAAAGGGUGGAGUAGGAGUUCGCCGUAACAGCCAAUCAUGCUCGGGCUCGCGAAAUUAUUGACUUCAGUCAUAAUACGCCAUUGCCUAGUGCUGUCAUUGUAAAUACUGUACAGGAUUUUUGAAAAUAAAUAUCAUAUAAACUGGUUA